AUGUCACUGCAAGAACUAGAGCACUGCCUCAUGCGUCUGAUAUACGGGUCAAACAAGCUCGAGUCUGCUGGCAAUGGUCUUGCCAUUACCGCGAGGCUUUGCAAGGCUGUCUUCCGCGGCGAAGAAGUACCCGUUAACAUCGAGGAGGUACCCUCAGACCCUUACUACCAGGCGCACCAGGCCCAUCUUCGCUCGCACCACCGGCCAACCGACCACCAACACGUGAUCCAGUUGCGCCGCGAGAUCGUGCAGCAUGCACGAGCGCUCGUCUUCAUGAUCGAUCACAUCGUGAUCAGCAAGGAGCCGUGGUCCGAGGCGCUGAUCUUGGACGCACACCGGAUCCUCCAGCACAGCGGCCUCGACUCGGGCGUAGUAGAGGCCGGUGGGACGUACCGCAGCCACGACUGCGAGGUGGCCAAGGCACGCCGGUACUGCGUGCAAGCUAAAGCAAUCCCAUAUUGCAUGAAGAAAAUGGUACGUAACCUGAACCGCGACAUAAAACAAGCAGAGGAGCGCGGUAGCCUCGACCCAUAUAGGCUCGCUGCCCGCUACCGCCACCAAUUCGUCGACAUCCGCCCCUUCGGAGACGGGGACGGCAGGAUGUCGCGGAUCAUCCUGAACACACUCCUGCUGCGCUACGCAGGCCACGUUAGCGAGGUCGGCCUUGAGCAGUGCGAUGAGUACUUGCGGCUCGCAAUGCGCGCGUCAAAGCUCUUGUCGGACGCCGCAAAGCGCUUGGCUACCUGA